GAAAGCUCCAACUUAGAUGGUGAAAAAGACCAUUUGCAGCACAAGCUGAGUAAAGAACUAAAGACUAGUUUGUAGUUGGGACUACUAAGUGCAGCACCAGCAGCAGCAGCAGCGCCACCACCAGCCACCAGAAACGCCACCUCUCUGACUAGGAAAGGUUGUCAAGGUUAGAAAAGUGAACCAUCUCCUCACCAUAACUUGCUUUCAUUGCAAUAUCUUCACAGCUACACUUCCAUCUUUUGUUUGUUUCUCUCACAUGCAUGUUUCAUUGCGUGCUGUGAAUUUUAAGCAUCCUUAGUUCCCACCCUACAUGCAUGUUGUCCCUUAGAGUGGACUUUAACCUCAGCAGCAGCACCAUCACUAUCACUAUCACCCCAUCAACCCCAUUUGUUAACCUUCACUUCUUUACCUUUUCAAAUCACUAAUGGAGAAAACAACCCAUAUCAUUAGCUGCUGUUGCUGCUUGCUCUGUUUCUUCUUAACCAUAACACCUACUCUAGUCACUUCUCUGUCUCCUGAUGGAAAAGCCCUUCUCUCCCUCCUUACAUCUGCAGAUGCUUCUUCGACAUCAUCUUCAUCCAUUCUUUCUUCUUGGAACCCAUCACACUCCACACCCUGUUCAUGGCAGGGCGUGACAUGCUCUCCACAAGACAGAGUCAUCUCUCUUUCUCUCCCAAACACAUUCCUCAACCUUUCUUCACUUCCUCCACAACUCUCUACGCUCUCAUCUCUGCAAUUCCUCAAUCUUUCCACCACCAAUAUAUCUGGUCCCAUCCCUCCCUCGUUCGGUUUGCUUACCCACCUACGCCUUCUUGACCUCUCUUCCAAUUCUCUUACGGGAUCAAUCCCACCGGAGCUUGGCACGCUCACGUCGCUUCAGUUUAUUUUUUUGAAUUCAAAUCAUCUGUCGGGUUCCAUUUCUCGGCAGCUUGCGAACCUCUCGUCCCUGCAAGUCCUCUGUCUCCAAGACAAUAUCUUGAAUGGUUCCAUACCUUCGCAACUGGGCUCAUUGGUCUCUCUCCAAGAGUUUCGUAUCGGAGGGAACCCAUACCUCACCGGUGAAAUACCUCCCCAGUUAGGAUUAUUGACUAAUCUCACCACAUUCGGCGCUGCGGCGACUGGGCUCUCUGGUGUGAUACCCCCAACGUUCGGGAACUUGAUCAAUCUUCAGACAUUGGCGCUUUAUGAUACCGAGGUAUUUGGUCCGAUUCCUCCUGAACUGGGUUUGUGUUCGGAGCUCCGGAAUUUGUAUCUGCACAUGAACAAGCUCACGGGUUCAAUCCCACCUCAACUGGGCAAGUUGCAGAAGCUUACAAGCUUGCUUCUUUGGGGCAAUUCUAUAACAGGACCAAUCCCAUCUGAGCUCUCGAACUGUUCAUCCCUUGUAGUACUUGACGCUUCUGCAAACGAUAUUUCUGGUGAGAUCCCAACUGAUUUUGGGAAGCUAGUGGUUCUUGAACAGCUUCAUCUAUCAGAUAAUUUACUCUCGGGUCCAAUUCCAUGGCAGUUGAGUAACUGUACAAGUCUAACUACUCUUCAGCUUGAUAAGAACCAAUUAUCAGGGCCUAUUCCGUGGCAGGUUGGUAAUUUGAAAUUUUUGCAGUGUUUAUUUUUGUGGGGUAAUUCAGUUUCUGGAACUAUUCCUUCUUCUUUUGGAAACUGCACUGAGCUUUAUGCUCUUGAUCUUUCGGGGAACAAAAUUACUGGGUCUAUUCCAGAAGAAAUUUUUGGUUUACAGAAGCUGAGCAAGCUUCUGCUUCUCGGGAAUUCGUUGUCAGGUGGGUUGCCUCGAAGCAUCUCAAAAUGCCAGUCUCUUGUGAGGUUGAGGCUUGGAGAGAACCAGUUCUCAGGUCAGAUUCCAAAGGAGAUAGGUCAGUUGCAGAAUCUCGUCUUCCUUGACUUGUACACCAAUCACUUCUCUGGUGCCCUUCCUUCUGAAAUUGCCAAUAUCACGGUUCUUGAGCUACUGGAUGUGCACAACAACUACAUAACUGGAGAAAUCCCGUCUCAGUUGGGAGAGCUUGUAAAUUUGGAGCAGCUUGAUCUUAGCCGGAACAGUUUCACAGGUGAAAUUCCUUGGAGCAUUGGAAAUUUCAGUUACUUGAACAAGCUAAUUCUCAACAAUAACUUAUUCACUGGGUUGAUCCCCAAGUCUAUUCAGAACUUACAAAAAUUAACUCUACUCGAUCUGAGCUUCAACAGCCUCUCUGGUCCAAUCCCCUCGGAAAUAGGUUAUGUGACAAGCUUGACAAUUAGUUUGGACUUGAGCUCAAACAGGUUCACAGGAGAAAUCCCUAAAGAGAUGUCACUUUUAACUCAGUUGCAGUCACUUGAUCUGUCCAAUAACGUGCUCUAUGGAGGAAUUGAAGUUCUGGGUCAUUUAACCAGUCUCACUUCUUUGAAUAUUUCCUUCAACAAUUUCUCUGGUCCUAUCCCUGUAACUCCAUUCUUCAAGACUCUAUCUUCAAACUCGUACCUCCAGAAUCCAAAGCUCUGUGAAUCCUUUGAUGGCUCUACUUGUUCCUCAAGGAUGCUUCAACGAAUUGGCCUAAAGUCUGCCAAAACUAUAGCUGUAAUAUCUGUGACUCUAGCAUCGGUGACAUUUGUUAUUCUUGCAUCUUGGCUUCUGGUAACCCGGAAUCGGAAGUACAUGGCUGAGAAGUCCUCAGGUUCAUCAGCCUUUACAUCAGGUGCUGAAGAUUUCUCAUAUCCUUGGACUUUUAUCCCAUUUCAGAAGUUCAAUUUCACUAUUGAAAACAUUCUUGAGUGCCUGAAAGAUGAGAAUGUGAUUGGGAAAGGUUGUUCUGGGAUUGUUUAUAAAGCUGAGAUGCCCAGUGGAGAAUUGAUAGCUGUGAAGAAGCUUUGGAAGACGAAGGAAGAAGAUCCUGUGGAUUCUUUUGCGGCAGAAAUUCAAAUUCUUGGACACAUCCGCCACCGAAACAUCGUGAAGCUUCUUGGUUACUGCUCAAAUAAAUGCGUUAAGCUCCUGCUUUACAACUACAUUCCGAAUGGAAACCUUCAACAGCUUUUGCAGGAGAACAGGAACUUGGAUUGGGAAACCAGGUAUAAGAUUGCUGUAGGUUCCGCCCAGGGUCUUUCCUAUCUUCAUCACGAUUGUGUGCCGGCAAUUCUUCACAGGGAUGUCAAGUGCAAUAAUAUACUUCUGGAUUCCAAGUAUGAAGCUUAUCUGGCAGAUUUUGGACUGGCCAAGCUGAUGAGCUCUCCCAGUUAUCACCAUGCCAUGUCAAGAGUUGCAGGUUCUUAUGGGUAUAUUGCACCAGAGUAUGGCUACACGAUGAACAUAACAGAGAAGAGUGAUGUCUACAGCUAUGGGGUUGUCUUGCUGGAGAUCCUUAGUGGUCGUAGUGCAAUAGAGUCCCACAUUGGUGAUGGGCUACAUAUAGUAGAGUGGGUGAAGAAGAUGGGAAGCUUUGAGCCUGCUAUAACCAUUUUGGAUUCAAAGCUUCAGGGAUUAACUGAUCAGAUGGUGCAGGAAAUGCUGCAAACACUAGGCAUUGCAAUGUUCUGUGUGAAUUCAUCACCAUCAGAGCGGCCCACCAUGAAGGAAGUGGUCGCGUUGUUAAAGGAGGUGAAGAGCCCACCUGAAGAAUGGGGAAAGACUUCACAACCUCUCAUAAAGCAGCCAUCAAACCCAAGCUGAAAGUUACUCUCCUUGUCUUAUUCUGAGAAAUCUCUCAAAUUAUGAUUUAUUCUCCUUACCAUGAGAAAGAAAGAGCUGGAAUAAGUUCUGCGUUGAAGCAAUUCAUUUUCGGGUGUUGAUGGUGGUCCUUGGUUCUCAUUUGUAUAGAAAUGACACAUUCAAACAACAUAGUUACCUUGUUUUCUUC